AUGUUCGCGUUAUUUUAUUAUUUACAAUAUUUGUUGCUGCUAUAUUCAAUAUUUCCAUGCUUCAUUAUUAAUCGACAAAUCAGUUAUGCGCAAUAUCAAUAUACCUCAAAACUUGAUUAUCGUCGUCGUCCAAGCCAUUUAAUUAUUAAUAAUAUUAAAAAAUUACGACCAUUUAAAUCUACUAAUAUUGUAACGGAACCAUUUGAUCAACAAAUAAAACAAUCAUUACAAAUAAUGAACAAUACGAUAUUGGAGCGUUCACAUGAUGAAUUCCAAAAUAUCAUAAAACAAACCUAUCCACGAUCAAAAUUAUUCUCGUCCUAUUCCAAAAAUGAAAUGAAUCGUAUAUUACCGAAAGUAAUUUCACCAUUUCUACAAAAUUUUAAUGAUAAUGGAAAUGAAGAGAAGCCAAUAAGUGUAAAACCAAAAUUAAGAUCAACAUCAACAACAACAGCAACAACAACAACAACCACAACAACAACAAUAACAAUAACACCUCUAACAUCACAACCAAUGCUAUUAAGUCGUAUAUCACCAGGAAUUAAUAUUGAUGAAGCAAAACAAGCUAGGAUACAGGCUAGAUGGCGUAAACUGGGUCCACUGGUGAAAUCGAUACAAUAUCCGUAUGUUCGGCGAAAUUGGAAUCGUAUUAUUUUAACAAAAGAUAGCAAUGAACCAUCACAUUUUUCAAAUCGAAUGCAAAAAAUUAUCAAACGAUUACGACAACAACAACAACAACAGCAGUCAGCACAAAUACUAAUUGAUCCUGAAAAAGUUGAAAAACGACCUCGUGUGGAUGGAAUAUUACUUUCAAAUGUUGAAAUAAAGUCAAAAUUAUUCCCCAACGAAGUAGAUGAAUGGCCAACAGAAAUAGUAAAACCAACAACUACCACAUUAUCAACAACAACAACUACUACUGCAAUUGUUACCACUACAGUACCUGUUACCAAUUUUGUUACCGAAAUUACUCCAAAACCAACAACCAUUGAUACCAUUGCUUUUACUGAUAAUGCACCAACUAUUAUACCCACAACAACCAUCACAUCUACAAUUGCUUCAUCGCUUUCUUCAUCAUCGUUGACCACUUCAAUUCCUACUUCAAUAACUGAUUUCGAUAGCACGACAACAACCACUGAACCGAAUUCAUUUCCGUUCAGCACAUCAUCAAAUGACUAUCAUUUUCGAAAAAUUACACCGGCGAAGAAAUUUAAAUUUGCUCAGAAAUUUCGGCGGCAACCACGACUUAAGAUACGAAAACCGGAUGAUAGAGGACCUUUAAGAGGUAAUCAAACAGCAUCCGGACGAAGUCCAAUUAUUUUACCUCAACUUGAACCGUUAAAUUUGGAAAAUAAAAUUGGACAGGAAAGUCUAAACAAUGAUGCAAAUGGUCCUUCAGUUGAUUCAAGUGAUUUAUUCGGUGGUGCAUCGAGUAGUGGAUUUGAUAAUUUUGAUAAAUCAAUAGAGUUUAAAUCAGAAUCUGGUAAAACUGAAAUAGAUAAUGCAGGAUUUGGUACCGGGAAAUUUCCAACUGAUGAAUAUGGUUUAACAGGAUUUGGUGGUGGUAAACCACCACCGGUUGAUUUUAGUCAAGCAAAUGUUGGUAUAUUUGGUAGCAGUGAACAUAAACAAUCAACAGAUGAUCAUAACACCAUAAUAUCAACAGAUCAUGAGACAACAAAAAUGACAACCGAAAGAAUUGAUAGUACGGAUUCUUCAGUCGAAACAACAUCAUUGCAAACUACACAACAUUUAAGCAUAACAUCAUCAACUAAUUCACAAUCGGUUUUAAAAAAUUCCGGAUUAAUUCCUGCAUUACCACCCUCCGAAUUUGACGGUGAUUUUGGAACAGGAAAAAGAGGAGCAGUAUUAGGAGGUACAUUUCGUGGAACACAAACAGGAUUCAAUAAUUUCGAUAAUGAAGUUAAAGAAUCGAUAUUUACCGGUGAUUCUGCAUUAACACCAAAUCGGUUGGGUCCAACUGGUGAUGGUCUUGGACCACCGAUUCCAUCCGGUGCAGCUAUACCACCACCGGUACCAGCUGUUGGAAUAGGUGGUGCUGCAGCUGGUAUUUUACCAACAUUAUCAGAUCGUUAUAUUAAAACGCAAAAUCCACCAACAACGAUUAAACCAUCUGCAUUAUUGAAUUUUCUAACUAAAGCAGACAUUGGUUUCAAUCAGGCAAUCAAUCAUUUUGAGCAGGGUACACCAAUUGAAUCUGCUGCAAUUGAUAUUUUAGAAGUUGCAUUGGGUAGUGAAAAAUUAGAUAGCCAAGCUAAAUUACUAGGCCAUAUUGAUCGAACAAUUGGUAUUGAUAAUUUGCAAAGGUUGCAAAGAUGGGUAAAUACAGGUGGUGCAUUGGACGCUCUCAAAGAACAGCUUGCCAACUUUGUUAAGAACUACACAAUACCGGAGAAUUUGCUUCCUACCGUACCACCUCAAUUGCAGUACCUUUUUGCACCAGGAAGGAAACGAUAG